CACCAGUCGAUCCUUGAACAUGAUGUUGGCGCAAGUUUUCCGGCGAUGCAUCUCUAUCAAGAGCUCCCGGCUGACUCCUGAGGAAAUCACAGCCAAGACGAAGCGCCACUUCAAGCAACCUGUUAAGCUAUCGUCGCCUCCGGGCAAGACGAGCUUGUCCAAAGGACUUCCGUCGGUCGCCAUCACCAAGAACGCAAACGUUGGCGCUGUGGACGACAGGUCCUCGACACCAAUGCGUUUGGCGAAGCGGCUGGCCAUGGCUGGCGUCAGUUCCCGCCGCGAAGCGGAAAAGAUCAUCCUCGAAGGCCGAGUCGUGGUGAACGGUGCCAAGGUCAACCAAGUGGCCGUGAACGUCACCUUCGACGACGUGGUGACGGUGGAUCACAAGACGCUGGCCGCCCGCCCAUCCAAGCGCCGCGUGUGGAUUGCGCACAAGUUGGCCGGGGAAUUAGUGACCUCGAGCGACCCCCGUGGGCGGCCGACCAUCUUGCAACGCAUCAAGGCGAUGGGCGUGGAAUCCCAUUUGAUGGCCGUGGGCCGAUUGGAUUUCAAUACAGAAGGCCUCUUGGUUCUCACCAACGACGGCGACUACGCGCGAUAUUUGGAGCAUCCCAAGCACGCUGUGCAACGCGUGUACCGUGUGCUGGUGUGGGGCCAGGUGCUGCCAUCGAAACUGGACGAACUGCGCCGUGGGGCGUUGGUCGACGGGGUCAAGUAUCGGCCAAUGGCCGUCAAGAUCGAAUCCACGACCAAAGACAAAGAAACGUGGCUCCAGGUCAAGUUGACCGAGGGCAAAGUACGGAAAAGAUUUUGCAAUAUAUUGUGGACAUGCAUCUGGUUUGUCGUGCCAUAUAUAUAUAUAUAUAUAUAUAUAUAUUAUACCGUUAGUUGGAUACGUUGUGUUUUUGUUGGAAACGAUAGUGUUAGUUUGAGAUUGAAAUGAUAUUUUUUAGUUGUUAAAAUGGUAGUAUUAAAACUUGACAUGAUACGUUUUUUGUUGGAAAAGAUAUUUUUUACACUUGAAAUAAUAAUACUUUUUUUUGUCAAAAAUGAUAUUUUUUAGUUGGUUACUUUGUUGUUUCAAAGGAUAUUGUAUUGUGUUUCAAAGGAUACUUUUUUUAUUCAUAGAAUCGGGAAAUUCGCAAUGCGAUGGCCCAUGUUCGACUGGUAUUGAAGCGACUGAUUCGAGUGGAGUAUGGACCGUACCGAUUGGCCGACUUGAACAAAGGCAAUGUGCUCGAAGUGCAUCCGAAACCCAUCGACGUCUAAUUAAUAGUAUUGGACGAGCGAAUAUAAAUGCGAAAUCAACAACUUUGGAGUUUUGUCGGAAU